AUGGGGAAGGUGAAGGUGCAGUAUGGCAUCAGUGGAGCAGAGAAGGAUGGGUUUCAGGGGAAAGCUCACUAUUACUUCCACGAGCUCCACUCCUUGCAAGUGACAGGUACCUGGCUCAGCAGCAGUUUGGACUUGCAUUUCACGAUUCACACAGCACAGCGUUCCCCGCUGCUCCACCAGCGAACUGCGGCUCUGCGCUCCCCGGAGAGCGGGGCGCAGGUGACGCCUUACCCCAGACGUCAGCUGUGGCAUCUGGCUGCAAACACAGCGCUGGACCAGGUUUCGCUAAAUGGUACACAGUUUACAGACGGUUCUGUUGGAUCAGAGUUCACAGGUGUUUCUCAGACACCGUUUACCUUUGGCUUGGGCCAGAGGGCACCAUAUGCAACUGGCGAGCAUUGUCUUCUUUGUAGAAGUGAACGAAAAGAUAGUUCGCUUUCAGAGAGCGGAUUAAAAAAUUCUAGCAAAACAGCACUUUCCACAUCUCCAAAAGCAAACAAUAUGCUGCAUCUUCCACUGUGGGUGUGUCCAGACUGUCGACGAACAGUCGAAAAGGAGGAGAGACAUGCUACAAUAGAGCAAUCUCUUAUGAGCCAAGAUUUCCUUUUGCACAUGCCUCUUGGAAACAGUGGAUCACAGCAGGAAGCUGUAGGAGGAGGAAGAAUAACUGUUGGUGCACAGACGUUGCCUGCCACAGAUCUUAGCAAUUCCUCUCCUUCAGACAUAGCAUGCAACUGUGAGGCCUGUAAUGAGCGCAGAGAAAAUUCAGCAGAGCCUGAACGUGAACCUCAGCAGCUUCAAAAUUACUGGUCAGAAGUAAGAUACAUGGUUCGGUGUAUAUAUCGCCAAGCUGGGACCCCUUUGGCAGAUGACCAAGACCAAUCUUUGGUACCAGAUAAAGAAGGAAUGAAAGAGCUGGUGGAUAGGCUUUGUGAAAGAGAUCCAUAUCAGCUUUACCAACGGUUGGAACAGCAAGCUAGAGAAUAUGUGCUUGAAAUGAAGGUCCGUCUGCUCAGACACUUGUCACUGGGAUCUAAAGUUGCAUCAACAUUAGCAAUACAGGGGCCACCGCAGGCACAUCAGUUCAUCUCACUCCUGCUUGAAGAAUACAGUGCACUCUGCCAGGCAGCAUGUACAAUCAGCGCCUUUCUAGUUACUCUGGAAAAUGAACAUUUAAAGAAAUUUCAGGUGACAUGGGAAUUGCACAAUAAGCAUCUGUUUGAAAAUCUGGUAUUUUCUGAGCCACUCCUGCAAAAUAGUUUGCCAACGUUGGUGUCACAGUUAAGGCUUGGAACAACACACGAUUCCUGUAGUGAAGAUAUGUAUAGUACCUUGCUACAAAGGUAUCAUCAGCUGGAGCAGGAAAUGGGUCAAGUUGCUGAAGCAUGGCUUGAAUGCCAGAAAAGAAUAGAUGAUUAUGUUGAUGAACAGAUGGCAAUGAAAACAAAACAACGCAUGCUAAAGGAAGACUGGGAAUUUUUUAAACAGAGGCGUUUUAUUGAAGAGCAGCUUAAUAACAAGAAAGCACUAGCUGGGGAGAACAACUUCACAGACACAAUGAGACACAUGCUGUCAUCGCGUUUGAGCAUGCCUGACUGUCCCAACUGUAAUUAUAGAAGAAGAUGUACUUGUGAUGACUGCAGCCUUUCACACAUUUUAACAUGUGGCAUCAUGGAUUCUCCUAUAACGGAUGAUAUCCACAUCAACCAGUUACCACUACAAAUUGAUUCUGCUCCGGAUUAUCUAUCUGAGAUCCGCCCACCCAGUAUGUCUUCAGCAAGUUCAGGGUCAGGUUCCAGCUCGCCUAUUACAAUUCAGCAACAUCCCAGACUGAUCCUCGCAGAUAAUGGUUCUGCACCAGCUUUCGGAAGCGAUGAUGAAGAUGUUGCACCAUUAUCAGCAAAAUUUGCUGAUAUCUACCCCCUGAAUAAUUAUGACGAUGCAGAGGUUGUAGCCAACAUGAAUGGAAUUCACAGUGAGCUAAACGGCGGAGGUGAAAACAUGGCAUUGAAAGAUGAGUCUCCUCAGGUGAGCAGUACUAGCAGCAGUUCCUCAGAAGCAGAUGAUGAAGAAGCGGAUGGGGAGAGCAGUGGUGAACCACCAGGGACUCAAAAGGAGGAAAUGUCUCUAGGAAAAAGGGCAUUAAGGAAAGACGAAGCAAAAAUGGAUAGCCCACCACCGUCUUACCCCAGUCAGCAGGCUGACCAAGGUCCAAAUGCUUGUGAAUGUCACGUUUGCAAACAGGAAGCCUCAGGUCUAACAGCCUCUGCACUUGCAACUGGACGCCUCCCUGCUGGCCACCAGUUCAUGAAUCCUGAAAAACCUGCACAUCCUGCACUUCAUCUUUAUCCUCACAUCCAUGGACAUAUACCAUUGCAUACAAUUCCUCAUCUGCCUCGUCCACUUAUCCAUCCCACCUUGUAUACAGCUUCUCCCUUUACACACAAUAAGGCAUUACCGCCAGCUCCAGUUCAGAAUCAUACAAACAAGCAUCAAGUAUUCAAUGCAUCUCUCCAAGAUCAUAUUUAUCCAAGCUGUUUUGGGAGCACUCCAGAUUGGAAUAGCUCUAAAUUUAUAAGUCUUUGGGGAUCAGAGAUGAUGAAUGACAAGAACUGGAAUCCUGCUACAUUUUUGCCUGAUACAAUUCCUGGGAGUGAUAUAUUAGCACCAGCACUCUCAGAAAUAAGACCCGAAGCACUUCCUACCACAUCUAGCAACGAAGCAACAGCAGUUACUGACAGCAAAGAGAAAAAAAACGCUGCAAAGAAGAAAUGUCUGUACAAUUUCCAGGAUGCCUUUAUGGAAGCUAAUAAAGUUGUCAUGGCAACCUCUUCUGCCACUUCUUCUGUCUCCUGCACAGCUACUACAGUGCAGUCAAGCAGCAACCAAUUCAAAGUAUCAUCCAAGAGACCUUCAUCGAUAGGUGAAGUGUUCCACAAUAUUAACAAAGAGGACCAUAGACAUUCUGCCCCAGUUGCACCACGAAAUAGUCCUACCAGUUUGGCAUCCCUUCCUUCACUGUCUCCUGCUGCACUGUCUCCAGCCUCUACACCACAUCUUCCGAAUCUUGCUGCUCCUUCUUUCCCCAAAACUGCUGCAACAGCCCCUGGAUUUGUGGAUCCUCAUUCAGGUCUUUGUCCUACUACAGUUGCACCUCCUACUUCAACAACAGACAGCUCUGUAAGUGCCCCACCAAGUGUCUGCAGUGAUCCUGAUUGUGAGGGCCAUCGCUGUGAGAACAGUAACACAUAUGAUCAUCAACAGUAUGAUGGAGAGGAGAGCCAAGAUGAAGACAGCUGUUCAGAGCAUAGCUCCAGUACCUCAACAUCCACAAAUCAGAAGGAAGGAAAAUACUGUGACUGCUGUUACUGUGAGUUCUUCGGCCAUGGAGGACCUCCAGCUGCACCAACCAGUCGAAAUUAUGCAGAGAUGCGAGAGAAGCUUCGUUUACGGCUAACAAAAAGGAAGGAGGAACAGCCGAAGAAACCAGAUCAGAUCUCUGAAAGGGAAAGUGUUGUUGACCAUCGAAAGGUGGAAGACUUGCUACAAUUUAUAAACAGCUCUGAAACCAAACCAGUAAGCAGUUCUCGGGCAGCCAAGCGAGCCAGACAUAAGCAAAGAAAGGUAAGAC